AUAGAGAACCAAAACAAACGGGCAACUAUCAUCAAUGUGGCGACAAUGACGCAGGCGCGUCUCUAACCCAGCGUACAGGGUGUCUCUGCUCGUACUGCUCAAUGUGUAUUAUUAGCGAGGAAAGUGAUCCGGGAGGCUGGUUGAAAGUAAAGAUUUUCCUAGUUAUUAUCCAACAAUAAAUAAUGCCCCUUAAAUAAUUUAUUUAUCCCAUAUUUAUUUAUUUAUCCUUUUUUUUCGUUUUCCUUCACUUACUCGCCGACCUCUUUAUACUAUUCGUCACUACGCUAACUAUAUACAAUAUUAAGUCUAAUGGUAAUUGUAGAUGUAUUUCAGUGCUAGUAACAGGGCCUCGACUCUAUCCCUUAUAUAAUUUAUUUAUCCUUCUUUUUCAUUUUCCUUCACUUACUCGCCGACCUUUUUAUACUAUUCGUCACUAUGCGAACUACAGCUACAGGGUGUUUCUGAUCGUACUGCUGGAUAUGCAGGCAGAGCCCAAUUAGUGAGAAAUGUGAUCAGGGAGGAUGGUUGGAACUAGAAUAAGCGAUUUUCCUACCUUUAGUUGUAAUCCAAAAAUAAAUAAUGUCCCCUUAUUAAUUUAUUUAUCCCCUUUUAUACUCUUUGUCACUACGCGAACUGCAGCUGAGAGAAACUUUUGGUUUCAACAGCAAGGAAUUUUCAAAUUGGGCGCUAAUUUGUAACGGCUAAUGACGAACAGAUUACUCUGAUGAUUUUGAUGAAAUUGUAUGCCCUCUGAUGACUCGAUUUAAUGCUAAGCAACGCCAUCAAACUAUUCAAGCGAGCAACAGACAGCAAUUACCCUGAAAUUACUGAAAAUGUGGACUACUCCUCGUCAUGAAUUAGUUCAUCAACUGGUUACUAUUAAAAUGAAAUAAAUCACUUGUUGUGUGGCAAUCGAAUGGGUAGCGCUGUCGGAAAACUUCUUGGACUGCUUCUAUGUUUGCAAUGUCUCAUAGAAUUGCAUGGAGUCUUCAUAAGGUUCACCAAUGUAACCUGCGAGAGCAAGGACCUUAGCUCGAGUAUCGUGGAGUACUGUGCAGUGACUAAUCUGAGCAAGAAUAAAAACAGCAUUCGUCUGCGUUACACUAUGCUCAAGCCGAUGCUCAGAAAUGUAGAGGUUUACUUUCAGCUGCUGACAAGGGGCAGUGAGAGUAUCAACACGGUUUCAAACUGGCAGCCCUUCCUCUAUACAUUGAAACUUGAUUUGUGUAGAUUCUGGAAAAACCACCACAACCAUUUGGCCAGGAUGGUGUUUGAAUUCAUCGAAGGCCAUACAAACCUGAACCACAGUUGCCCCUACACGAAAGAAAAUUACAUUUCCAUUGAAGAUGUUACAAAUACCGAAGUGUCCGGCAAGAUCCGUGGAGUGCCCAUGCCAAAGGGUUUCUACGCUCUGUUCACCAAGUUGUCCACUGAAAACAUAUCUCGAGUUCAGACCAACUUUUACUUUGAAGUUCUGAGCCCUUAAUAUAAUAUUGUUUUUAUAAUAUAAAAAAAAAUAUUUGGGAACAAGAUAAAAAAGGUGUGCUAUUAAAAACUUAAAUAAGAAUAGAUGAAACUUGUGUAUUGGUAAGCAGAAUACGUAGAUUUUGAUAAAAGAGAAAUAUCUUUAUGUAGCUAACGUUAUCAAAAAUCCAGUAUAUGCACAUUAAUCCCAGUAAAACUUUUUGGAAAUUGCACUUAAAAAUGUUAAGUUCUUUGUACAAAUUACGCUGGACUUUAGUAAUCAGUUAUUAAGUAUUCAUAAACAUUUGAUUAGAAAACAGAUUUAAAUAUAUUAUUAACUAAGACUAUGAUGACUUAGAACACCCCUUA